AGUUCAUUUCUUGGCCGGCUGAAACACUUUGUGGAGAUCAUUGACCCCAGCACACUCUUUGUGUCUGAGGUAAGGUACAGUUGAAAACAUCAAUCCAUGUACUGUUUUACUACUUCAGCAAUUGGUUUUUGUAAGAGAUAAUUAUUAAGAGACUUGGGACUUGUGGCAACAGGAGAAUUGCGUCCAAUACUGUAGAUCUGGAAUCCAAUCAGAUAACACCGGGUCGGACUGAGACCAGAAAUUGGCCUACAUAUUUCUCACACACCAGGCCAUUUUUCCCUCAAAGCCCCCAUUAUUAGCCCAAAAAUGAUCAUUCUGCGCAAAAUAAUUUUUGGACAGGCCCACUUGGCCAAAGAUGCCCUAUGUCCUUUUCUGAGAUAACACAUUAGCUAGAAACCUAACUACCUAUUAUUAAUUAUCUUGUUGACUCAAAUGACUCUUUUAUCUCUCCAGAGACGAUUGACAGAAUGCAUUAAACUCCUGGAUGAUUUUAAACGUGGAACACUACCACCUGGAGUUUCUGAUCUACAGGUGAGCUUUUUGUUAUCAGAAAUGCCUUUGUCAGUGUUACAGAAUAUAUACUGUUCCAAAUAGCAAUUUUCUUUUAAGCAUAAUGUUUAUGACACUUGCAAUAUGUAGCUGUAACACACUCCUUACAUUCAGCUGCCCAACAUUUCCCCUCACUGCUCUGAACUGAUACAGCUGUUUUUUUACUCCCUAGCUAUGGGAAGCCCAAAAGGUCAAGCAGGUAGGUUGUGGCACACGUCUGCUUCGUAUAAAGCAGUUUGACCCCAUUUUGACCCCAUGUAUGUAUUGCCAUACAUACAUACAUUUUCCCUCUCCUCUUGGAAGCAUGAUGAUGUUGUCACACUCUAUAUCUCAUAUCUGAAUGCAGGCCAUCAUUCAUCCUGACACAGGAGAGAAGAUUUUCAUGCCUUUCCGAAUGUCAGGUAUGACUUCCAAGUGAAGACUUUCACCAGAGUGACUUUUAUUUUGUUAAUGGUCAUUUUUACACUGAUUAUAUUUUUUUGCAUCUAAACAGGUUAUGUCCCAUUUGGAACACCAAUUGUAAGUCAUAUAUGAAAUUAUUACUGUAUUUCAUAUGUAUCUAUGGAUACAAUAUUCAACUUUGUCCUGAAGUUGAUUACUGUAUGUACAGUAAAUACGUGUAACAUCUGGUAUGGUCAUUUGUUUAAUAAAACACUGUUGGAUUUACUGACUUUUUGGGGUAGUCAUUCUGGACACCUUGCAAGACUAGAGCAGUUGCACUAUUGUCUCCCUAUCUGGUAUAUUCUAGGUUGUGGGCCUUCUCCUUCCAAAUCAGACUGUGGUAUCCACCAUUUUCUGGCAGGUAAAGACAUGACAAGCAACCUUUUCAACAAUAACGGUCCCAAGUUGUUAAUAUCCACAUUGGAUACGCUCUCCUUCCCAGUGAGGUAAAUUGAUGUAAUUGAAUUUCACUUAAUGUUUUUUCUCCUUUCAGUGGCUUAACCAGAGUCACAAUGCCUGUGUCAACUACUCGAACCGCAAUGCUACUAAGGUAGUGUAUGAGAGGAUCAUUUAUAUUAUUUACGGCUUGAUUCUCAGAAAAAGCUACUGAAUUACAAUUCUGUGUGAGUGUUUUUGGUCCACAUACUGUGCUGCUCCAUAGCAACUAGCACUGUAUCUCCUGCAUCUGGUACUGUAGAUUUCCUUCAAUUUAGCAAUGGCUCAUGUCUAUUAGGCACCAAAUAGAAGAAAAUGGACUGAAACAGCGAGGGACUACCUGGACUUUUUGGUUUUCCGUUGCAAAACGUUUAGUUACGGUUUGCCCUAAUUAACACCACCCAGAUGUACAGUAUAUAAAGUGUUUUGAACAUAUGACUGAUGUCAAAGUGUCAAUUUUCCAUUCAUGGUUUUGGUAUUCAAGAGAAUUAUUUUAUCCAGUGUUAGUCUUACGUAAGAGGCUGUGAGAUACUAAGUCAUUCAUGUUGUUGUUCAUAUUAGCCUACACCGACAUCCACGUUUCUUCAAGGUUACUUCGGAGCUGUGACCAGUGCUGUCUCCCUUGCGGUCAGUUGUUGAUUAUUAUACAUUUAUGGGGGCCCCGUGUAGCUCAGUUGGUAGAGCAUGGCGCUUGCAACGCCAGGGUUGUGGGUUCGAUUCCCGCGGGGGGCCAGUAUGUUAAAAAAAAAAUGUAUGCACUCACUAACUGUAAGUCGCUCUGGAUAAGAGCGUCUGCUAAAUGACUAAAAUGUAAGUGUAAAAAAUAAGCGAUUCUGUCCUGUCUAUUUUGCUAUACAGUACCAGUCAAAAGUUUGGACACACCUACUCAUUCCAGGGUUUUUCUUUACUAUUUUACUAUUUUCUAGAUUGUUGAAUAAUAGUGAAGACAUCAAAACUAUGAAAUAGCACAUAUGGAAUCAUGUAUUAACCAAAAAAGUGUUAAACAAAUCUUAAUAUAUUUUAUAUUUGAGAUUCUUCAAAGUAGCCAUCAUUUGCCUUGAUGACAGCUUUGCACACUCUUGGCAUUCUCUCAACCAGCUUCAUGAGGUAGUCACCUGGAAUGCAUUUCAAUUAACAGGUGUGCCUUGUUAAAAGGUAAUUUGUGGAAUUUCUUUCCUUAAUGCGUUUGAGCCAAUCAGUUGUGUUGUGACAAGGUAGGAGUGGUAUACAGAAGAUAGCCCUAUUUGGUAAAAGACCAAGUCCAUAUUAAGGCAAGAACAGCUCAAAUAAGCAAAGAGAAACAACAGUCCAUAAUUACUUUAAGACAUGAAGGUCAGUCAAUCCGGAAAAUGUCAAGAACUUUGAAAGUUUCUUUAAGUGCAGUCGCAAAAACCAUCAAGCGCUAUGAUGAAACUGGCUCUCAUGAGGACCGCCACAGGAUAGGAAGACCCUGAGUUCCCUCUGCUGCAGAGGAUAAGUUCAUUAGAGUUACCAGCCUCAGAAAUUGAAGCUGGUUGAGAGAAUGCCAAGAGUGUGCAAAGCUGUCAUCAAGGCAAAGGGUGGCUACUUUGAAUAAUCUCAUAUAACAUAUAUAUUGACUUGUUUAACACUUUUUUGGUUACUACAUGAUUCCAAGUGUGUUAUUUCAUAGUUUUGAUGUCUUCACUAUUAUUCUACAAUGUAGAAAAUAGUAAAAAUAAAGAAAAACCCUUGAAUGACUAGGUGUGUCCAAACUUUUGACUGGUGCUGUAUGUAACGUGUUAAAUGGGUUUAGAGCACAGGCGGCCAAUGGCACCUUAAUUGGGGAGGACGGGCUCAUAGUAUGGCUGGAACGGAAUUAAUGGUAUGGUAUGGAAAACAUCAAAUACAUGGAUUCCAUGUGUUUGAUACCAUUCCAUUCACUCCAUUCCAGCCAUUAUUAUGAGCCAUCCUCCCCUCAGCAGCCUCCUGUGGUUUAGAGUGUAUCCUAAAGUUUGUGCUGUGUUGUUUAGGUAGGACUGAAUGUACUGAUUCAGAAAGCCAACAAGUUGAGUCCAGCAACCCGAAUGAUCAUACAGAGACUCAUUCCUUUUCCAGCUGUGGGUAUGUAUUCAUAAAUAAUGAAUUAAUAACUAGUUAAUAUAGUAUUAACGUGAAAAUCUACACUCUAUUUUAAAAUAAGUUUAUCACAAUGUACUAUGAGCUACAGGUGCAAAUGAAUAGGCUGCACUGCUUUUACUUUUGGGUUCAUUCUCCCUCUGUCCUCUCAUGUAUGUAGGUCUCCUCCUUUUAUUCAUAGAGCUAUAAAUGCAUCCCUCAAAGGGAUAAAUCACCUUUAACAAGAGCUGAAGAUAAACUGGUGUCAGAGGAGGCAGAGAUUUGCAGGCUUAUACAAUGUCAUUGGUUAUGUUUUGCUGCUGGUUUCUACUCUAUUAGCUUUGUGUGGUUAGCAUUGUGUAGCUAAUAGCUAUCCUCCUACUACAUAGAUCUCUGUUCAGUGUUGUCAAGAUAGUACUGUAAGCUCUCCCCAGUUGUAAAUGUGAAACCUAUGUCUUUACUGAGGGCCGGUCUAUAGACCUCACAUGCUGAAGUGGAAUACUCCAAACAAAUCAAUAUGAAAUAGAUACAUUGGCCCUGUUGGAACACUCGUAAAAUGCAUCCUUCCUUCCUGCCAUCCCUAAAGUAGUCGGCGGCAGGUAGCCUAGUGGUUAGAGCAUUGGGCCAGUAACCGAAAGGUCGCUGGUUCAAAAACCGGAGCUGACAAGGUGAAAAUCUGUCGACGUUCCCGUGAGCAAGGCACCUAACCCUAAUUUGCUCCAGGGGCGCCGUGCUACUAUGGUUGAUCCUGUAAAACAACACAUUUCACUGCACCUAUCCAGUGUAUGUGACAGUUAAACGUAUUUUUCUAGUCAUCUAGUAGUGUCAGAUUAGUGAUUACUUCAAGAACGGGAGGAAGGAAAGAUACGUUUUUAGAGUAUUCAAAUGGGUAGGUCUCAAUCUCAGCUGAAUGUCAGGCAUCGCCACUGUCACAACCAGUCUUCUCCGCUUCCUCAGCCAGUGCCAACAUUUGCAACGUGGGCCUCAUGAGGCACAUUGAGCUGUCGGAGGGCGUCGACGUGCUGGACGGAAAUGGGAACGUAUUGGGCUCCUCAAAGAUUGCUGCCAAACAUGUGAGUGGCUGGUCAUCAAUGAUACCUCUCUCACAAGCCUUUAUAAAAACACUGUUUCCUUCCUGGCCAUAGAGAGAAAAUGAAUGGAGUCAUUCAACAAAAACUGACUAGCUAGCUAGCUACUAAACAUACUGUGCAGAUACAGUGCCUUCAGAAAGUAUGCAUACCCCUUGACUUAUUCCAAUUUUUCUUGUGUUACCACCAGAAAAAAUAUACCGCUAAAAUAUACAGUACCAGUCAAACGUUUGGACAAUUGAGAUGGUUUGAGAUGAGUUAGACCGCAUAGUGAAGGAAAAGCAGCCAGCAAGUGCUCAGCAUAUGUGGGAACUCCUUCAAGACUGUUGGAAAAGCAUUCCAGGUGACUACCUCAUGAAGCUGGUUGAGAGAAUGCAAAGCUGUCAUCAAGGCAAAGGGUGGCUACUUUGAAGUAAAAUCUAAAAUAUAUUUUGAUUUGUUUAACACUUUUUGGGUUAAUACAUGAUUCCAUAUGUGUUAUUGAAUAGUUUUGAUGUCUUCACUAUUAUUCUACAAUGUUGAAAAUAGUAAAAAAAUAAAGAAAAACCCUUGAAUGAGUAGGUGUGUCCAAACUUUUGACUGGUACUGUAUAUAUAUUUAAUAAUAUAUUUUUUGAAUUGAGAGUUUUCAGGGGGUGCCCCUACUAUGACAAUAUUUGUACAUUAUUCUUUUAAAAAUUCUUCAAGAUCUGUCAAGUAGGUUGUUGAUCAUUGCUAGACAGCCAUUUCCAUGUCUUGCCAUAGAUUUUCAAGCCGAUUUAAGUCAAAACUGUAACUAGGCCACUCAGGAACAUUCAAUGUCGUCUUGGUAAGCAACUCCAUUGUAUAUUUGGCCUUGUGUUUUAGGUUAUUGUCCUGCCGAAAGGUAAAUUUGUCUCCAAGUGUUUGUUGGAAAGCAGACUGAAACAGGUUUUCCUCUAGAAUUCUGCCUGUGCUUAGCUCUAUUCCAUUUCUUUUUAUCCCAAAACCUCCCUAGUCCUUACCAUAACAAGCAUACCCAUAACAUGAUGCAGCCACCACAAUGCUUUAAAAUGUGAAGAGUGGUACUCAGUGAUGUGUUGGAUUUGCCCCAAAAAUAACGCUUUGUAUUCAGGACAUAAAGUUAAUUUAUUUGCAGUUUUACUUUAGUACCUUAUUGCAAACAGGAUGCAUGUUUUGGAAUAUGUUUUAUUCAGUACAUUUGAGUCAUUUAGCAGACGCUCUUAUCCAGAGCGACUUAUAGGAGCAAUUAGGGUUAAGUGCCUUGCUCAAGGGCACAUCGACAGAUUUUUCACCUAGUCGACUCGGGGAUUAGAACCAGCGACCUUUCGGUUACUGGCACAACGCUCUUAACCACUAAGCUACCUGCUUUUCACUGUCAUUUAAGUUAGUAUUGUGGAGUAACUACAAUGUUGUUGAUCCAUCCUCAGUUUUCUCCUAUCACAGCCAUUAAACUCUGUUUUAAAGUCAUUGACCUCAUGGUGAAAUCCCUGAGCGGUUUCCUUCCUCUCCCGCAACGGAGUUAGGAAGCACUUCUGUAUCUUUGUAGUGACCGGGUGAAUUGAUACACCAUCUAAAGUGUAAUUAAUGACUUAACCAUGCUCAAAGGGAUAUUCAAUAUGUACUUUUUUUUUUACCCAUCAACCAAUAGGUGCCCUUCUUUACGAGGCAUUGGAAAACCUCCCUGGUCUUUGUGGUUGAAUCUGUGUUUGAAUUUCACUGCUCGACUGAGGGACCUUACAGAUAAUUGUAUGUGUGGGGUACAGAGAUGAGGUAGUCAUUCGAAAAUCAUGUUAAACACUAUUAUUGCACACAUAAUAAUAGUCCAUGCAACUUGUGACUUGUUAAGCACAUUCUUACUCCUGAACUUAUUUAGGCUUGCCAUAACAAAGGGAUUGAAUACUUAUUGACUGAAGACAUUUCAGCUUUUCAUUUUUCAUUACAUUUGUUAAAAUUUCAAAAAACAUUAUUCCACUUUGACAUUAUGGGGUAUGGUUUGUAGUCCAGUGAUAAAAACAUCUCAAAGUAAUCAAUUUUAAAAUCAGGCUGUAACAACAAUGUGGAGAAAGUCAAGGGGUGUGAAUACUUUCUGAAGGCACUGUAGUUUAGUGUCUUCACUAUUAUUCUACAAUGUUGAAAAUAGUAGAAAAAAUAAAGAAAAACCCUUGAAUGAGUAGGUGUGUCCAAACUUUUGACUGGUACUGUAUAUAUAUUUAAUAAUAUAUUUUUUGAAUUGAGAGUUUUCAGGGGGUGCCCCUACUAUGACAAUAUUUGUACAUUAUUCUUUUAAAAAUUCUUCAAGAUCUGUCAAGUUGGUUGUUGAUCAUUGCUAGACAGCCAUUUCCAUGUCUUGCCAUAGAUUUUCAAGCCGAUUUAAGUCAAAACUGUAACUAGGCCACUCAGGAACAUUCAAUGUCGUCUUGGUAAGCAAAUCCAUUGUAUAUUUGGCCUUGUGUUUUAGGUUAUUGUCCUGCCGAAAGGUACAUUUUUCUCCAAGUGUUUGUUGGAAAGCAGAUUGAAACAGGUUUUCCUCUAGAAUUCUGCCUGUGCCUAGCUCUAUUCCAUUUCUUUUUAUCCCAAAAACUCCCUAGUCCUUACCAUAACAAGCAUACCCAUAACAUGAUGCAGCCACCACAAUGCUUUAAAAUGUGAAGAGUGGUACUCAGUGAUGUGUUGGAUUUGCCCCAAAAAUAACGCUUUGUAUUCAGGACAUAAAGUUAAUUUAUUUGCCACAUUUUUUGCAGUUUUACUUUAGUACCUUAUUGCAAACAGGAUGCAUGUUUUAUUCAGUACAUUUGAGUCAUUUAGCAGACGCUCUUAUCCAGAGCGACUUACAGGAGCAAUUAGGGUUAAGUGCCUUGCUCAAGGGCACAUCGACAGAUUUUUCACCUAGUCGACUCGGGGAUUAGAACCAGCGACCUUUCGGUUACUGGCACAACGCUCUUAACCACUAAGCUACCUGCUUUUCACUCUGUCAUUUAAGUUAGUAUUGUGGAGUAACUACAAUGUUGUUGAUCCAUCCUGUUUCCUAUCACAGCCAUUAAACUGUAGCUGUUUUAAAGUCACCAUUGGCCUCAUUGUGAAAUCACUGAGCGGUUUCCUUCCUCUCCGGCAACUGAGUUAUGAAGGACACCUCUGUCUUUGUAGUGACUGGGUGUAUUAAUACACCAUCCAAAGUCUAAUUAAUAACUUCACCAUGCUCAAACGGAUAUUCAAUGUCUGCUUUUUUAUUUUUACCCAUCUACCAAUAGGUGCCCUUCUUUGCGAGGCAUUGGAAAACCUCCCUGGUCUUUGUGGUUGAAUCACUGUUUAUAAUUCACUGCUCGACUGAGGGACCUAUUGGUAGACCUUAACAUUUUCUGUAUGUUUGGGGUACAGAGAUGAGGUAGUCAUUCAAAAAUCAUGUAAACACUAUUAGCACACAGAGUCCAUGCAACUUAUGUGACUUGUUAAGCAAAUAUUUACUCCUGAACUUAUUUAGGCUUGCCAUAACAUUUCAGCUUUUCAUUUUUAAUUAAUUUGUAUAACAUUCUAGAAACAUAAUUCCACUUUGACAUUAUGGGGUUUUGUGUGUAGGCCAGUGACACAAAAUCUCAAUUUAAUCUAUUUUAAAUUCAGGCUGUAACACAAAAUGUGGAAAAGUCCAGGUGUGUGAAUACUGUCCGAAGGCACUGUAUAUCAUAUUCGAUCAGUCUUUAGAAUGAGAGAUACCCUGAGCAAGAUGGCCAUCCUAUAAUCAUGUCCAUUCUAGUGUUCUAUUGAAUUAUCUGUUCCUGGCAAAAUAUUUUGUCUGUAAACUGUUAAUAUUGUAUAUUUGAUGCAAAAUGAAUAGUCUGUCUGUGACUGAAGUCAGAACAAUUCUUCAUAUGAGGUUCAAUAAAGAAAGAACAGGUUUAUUUUAUAAUUUAUAAUUAGUCUAACAUAUUUAUGCGUUUUUCCACAUAUGUCCAUAUGCCUUAUCCCUCAAAUCUCAUGGGAAGGGGAAUUUAAUCCAACAUAUUGCAAUAUUUUGAAUUGAAGCAUGUGCACAAUAUUCUUCUUUCCCCCCCAGGCAAUUAUGGAGACAGCCUUUACCAGAGUGGUCCUCCCGAUGCCAAUCUUUGUCCUUCCUCCCAUCGUCAUGUCCUACCUAGAAAAGUAUGUCAUGCUUCGAGAUGGGUCAGAACUAUUUAGUGUACUGCCUUGUCAAGUCUCUGCAUUAAUGUCAGAAUAGUAUCAGUUGAGUUAUGGUCAUCCCAAUACCUAAAGCCUGAAAAAUAGGGUCCCGGAUAGGACCAUGUUUACAACAGAUGAACAUUCUGUGCAUUUCAUUUUUUGUAAGGGUGGAGGUGUUGACAAUUACUAUUGUAGUCGUGUGUAAGAAAUGUUGUAUUAGUGUUGAGAUUGGAUUUAAUACAAAUGCCAAUAUCAAAUGUGUGCUUCCCUUCAUGUCUGUUAGACUUCCAUUGCUGCAGACGAAUCGGAGGCUGUUGCUACCCAUCCACAGCCUGGUGUGUCUGGCUACCUUCAGCCUCUCCCUGCCCCUGGCCAUCAGCCUAUUCCCACAGAUGUCUCAGGUACUACUGCAGCUGCUAUCCCUGAAGGCUGGCUGGACAGCUGGGAGGAAUUCACCUCACACACACUUCACUUGUCUCUCUUAAAAUUAAGAACGAACGAUAAGGUUCUGGGUUUAGAGGUACUGUGAAGGGCUAUUAGGUGUUGCAGAGGGUUGGUAGGCGUAUUGUGUGCUUACAUCUCUUUCUCUGGUUCAACUUCAACAGAUCGACGUGUCUCAGCUUGAGCCGGAGAUCGCCAUGGCAACCGAUUGCAAGGUGGUGACCUACAACAAGGGACUGUGAUGACUGGCCCCCGAGGAGAGAGUAGAGGACAGGGCACGGAACAGCGGCACAAAUUAGCCUCCUUUUUGAUUGGCUGUAACAGACACUCCAGGUCUCUCUCCGGUGUAGGGUGAAGUUGCCCCUAG